UAUUGUUAGGGUUAGGUGUGUGUGUUAGUGUGAUCGGUCAGUAAUGGCGUCCAACUCCACCACCCAGUUCUUUGCUCUGUCCCAGUCCUUCAGUAUCUCUGACAUCAUCAUCAUCGCUGCUUACUUCCUGCUCAACGUAGCCGUCGGCAUCUGGUCGUCGUGCAGGGUCAGCAGGAACACUCUGAGUGGAUACUUCCUGGCUGGGAGAGACAUGGCCUGGUGGCCGAUCGGAGCCUCUCUGUUUGCCAGUAGCGAGGGCUCUGGUCUGUUCAUCGGUCUGGCUGGAACAGGAGCUGCCGGAGGCAUCGCUGUCGCUGGCUUCGAAUGGAAC